AUGCACGCCACAACUCCGCAGGCAAGGGCGCUAGCAGGAAGGGGCAGGCUUCUGGCUCCUCCAGGCGUAGGAGGAAGAGGGCAAAGACGACUGCUUUUCAGCAGCAGGCUGCCCCUUCGACUUCCGCUCCGGCAGAACGUCGGAAAUCUUCCUUCCGCGGUAGUGGUUCCAAUAGGGGUCGAGGCAAAGCCAAAUUUUCCAGAGGUAGGAAGGGUUCCUUCCUCUUCCUUGCCCUUGCUAACUCCUUGUCCACUGUCUGUCGCCGCGGGAGGCUCCGUCGAUGUGGUUUGGGAAGGGCUAGAUUGGCCCCUACCGGACUUGCCAGUAGGCGGUCGGCUGUCCCAUUUCGUUCCUCAGUGGAAAGAAAUCACAUCAGACAGUUGGGCCCUAGGGGGUGUGUCCAAGGGUCUCUGCAUCCCGCAUCUUCGGGAUCCACCUCUGGCGCGAGAGCCUAUCUUUUUCCCUUCUCCUUCCGAUCCGGGAAAGGUGGAGGCUCUCAGGUCAGAGGUUCAGGCCAUGAUCGCGAAGGGCGCGAUCGAGGAACUUUCACCGGACCAGUGGUCUCCAGGGUUUUACUCCUGGGUCUUCCUCGUGAAGAAGAAGUCCGGUGCCUGGAGGCCUAGUAUCGACCUCAGUACGUUCAACACGUACGUCGAUUCCCCGCACUUCCGGAUGGAAACGCCACGGCGCAUCAUUGCGUCAGUGCGUCCAGGGAUGUGGGCUACGUCCAUCGAUCUGAAGGAUGCUUACUUUCACAUCCCGGUCAGGAGGUCAGCCAGGAAGUUCCUCAGGUUCACUUUCGAGCAGAAGGUUUACCAGUUUCGCGCUAUGCCCUUCGGCCUCACUACGGCCCCCUUGGAUUUUCACCAAGUUGUUGUAGGUAGUAGUGGGGCAACUCCACAGUCUCGGGGUAGAUGCACACAUCUACUUCGACGACUCCCUGUUGCUCCAAGUGGAUCCAGUUAUCCUGUCCCGGAGCACGAGGUCGGUUCUGGGCGUUCUGUGCCGCCUAGGGUUCAUCGCCUCCAGGGAGAAGUCGGAGGUUCUCCCCUCCCAAGAUUUUGUUUUCCUCGGUUAUCGGUUCAGAACCGAACGGGGUUUGUCCUUCCACCAGUGUCCAAGUUCGAGAAGGCCUCUCUGUUGGUCUCCGUUCUGGUCGGUGUGGAGCGAAUUCAGGUCCGAUGGUUCCUUCGGUUCUUCGGUUACCUGAAUUCACUGGCGGAUGUGGUUUCCUUGGGUCGGCUUCACAUCCGUCCGCUCCAGCUGUUCCUUCUGUCGGUUUGGUCUCCGGCGUCUCGGCAGUGGGAUGUGUACACUCCUCUGCCGGAGUCGGUGAAGGAAUCGGCUCGUUGGUGGACUCUCGAAAGCAAUGUCUUGGCAGGAGUUCCUCUGGUUCGGGCAUCUCCUGCUAUGACCUUUUACACCGACGCGUCCAUGACCGGUUGCGGUGCAUACCUUUCCGGUCAGACGUCGGCGGGGGGGUGGUCGGGGGAACAGCUUUCAGAACACAUCAAUGUUCUGGAAAUGCGUGCUGUUCUGUUGGCCCUUCGGGGUCUUCGACCUUCCCUGCAGGGCAAGGCCAUUUGUCUGGCGACAGACAACUCCACUGUGGUGGCUUAUCUGCAGCGCCAGGGGGCACCCGUUCCCCGGCUCUGUGUGCUUUAUCCACCCAGGUCUUGUUGCUGUGUCAGGAGAUCAGUCUCGAUCUCACGUUGA